AUGAAAUUAUUACUAAUAAUAUUUUUUAUAUUUGGUUGUUUAUAUUUAGUAUAUAGUGAUGUUGGAGGUAGUUUAGUUAAUACAGAAAAUCAUAAAAUAUAUGAUGAUUCAAUGGAAAUUUCAUCAUCAAUAGAAAAAAAAUCUCUAGAAAAUGAUUUUGAUUUAUCUAAAAAUAUUAAAUCUAAUGAAGAAGAUUUUUCACUUGGAGAUGAUAAAGAAGAAAAAAAUGAUAAAAGUAGUAUGUCUUUAGAGUUACCAGAAGAUGAUCCAUUUAAUGUUACAACAGCAUUUGGAGAGUCAACUAAAAUAAAUGAAAAUUUAAAAACAUUGAAUCAAUUUAAUGAAAUAUCAGUAACAAAAAAUCAUUCUAUAAAUAUAAUAGAAACAACACCCUCAACUGAUAAGGAUCAUCCUAAUAAUGAUACAACAAUUAAAAUGAUAAAUAAUGGAUUAGAUGUAUUAAUGAGGACAACACCUGCAAAUAUUAAUGAAGAAAGCCUUAUCACUACAUCAUCUUUCAAAGAAGGUAUUAGUAAUGAAAAUCCAGAAAGCAUAGAUAAAAGUGAUAUGGCUUUAGAUAUAUCAAAUGAAGAUAAUAGACAAAAAGAUAGUAAUAAAACUUCUUCUGAUGAUGUUCAAUUUGAUAUUGGUGAAGAGGAGAAUAAUGAAAAUGUUAAUAAUAAAAUUAUUAUAAAAAAUAAUCAUUCAACAAAAAAUAAUAAUAUUAUUGAUACAACAACUGCUGAAGAUAUUACAAUACCUUUUACCAUGAAAGAUAAAUUUUUAACAACAGAAGAUCCUUUUGAGGUAAGGAAUGUUGAAGUUAAUAAUAAUGAAGAAGAUAAAAAAAGUAAUGAGGAAAUAAAUUCAAUGGAAGUUAAACAAUCAACAAUAUUUGUUGGACCAACACCUACAACAACAACACCACAAUUACCUAUAAUAAAUAAAGAUGAAGAUGGUGGAGAAAUUUUUAUUAUUGAUAAAACUAAAGAAGUCUUUUCUGAUAUAUUAACUUCAACAACUAAAAUUAUUGAAGAUCAAAAUAAUAAUACUUUAGCACAGGUAUCAACUUCAUUAACACUUACAUCAACUGAAAAUGAUGAAAAAACAACUUAUUUUCCAGAUUCAGAAGAGUUUACUGUUUUAACAUCAACAAUUAUUAUUCCUAAAAUUCUAUCUACAACAAAAGAAUUAGAAGAAACUACAACUGAAGAUAAAAAAUUAGUAACAAAACUUUUACAAGAAGUUGAUUUUUCAAUGACAACAGAAUCUACAAUUAAUAAUGAUACGUCAUCAAGUAAUGAUGAUACUCCUAAAAAUUUAAUAAAAUCAUUUAAUGAUGGCGCCAUAACAAUGACAUCAAAUAUAAAUUCAGAAAGUCAAACAACCCAAUUUCCUGAAAGUAAAAAUAUGACAUUUAAUGAAGAUGUCAUUAAAAGUAAAGAAAAUGUUGAGGGUAGUGUUGAAAAAGAAGAAAAUAGUGAAAUAAUAAUUAGUAAUAUAAAUUCACAUCAAACUACACUUUUAACUUCUACAUCAGAAAGUACAACAAUUUCAAUAUCUUCUACUAGUCAUCAAUCAACAACAAUAACAUCAGAUGAUAUUAUAGAAGAAGUAGUCAAAAAUUUUAAUAAAGAAAUAGAAAAAAGAAAAAAUUUAAAUAAUACAACAUUUUUAAGUAAUAUUUUUUCACCAACUCAAGAAGAAAUAAGGCAUGCAAUAAUAUUUCUUUCAAUAUUUUUAUUUAUUUUUUUAUUAAUAAUAAUAUCAAUCAUUAUCAUUGUAAGCUGCCUUAAUAUAGAUAACUUCUUACACAUGAUAAGAAUUAAAAAUAAUAUUAUCGGAUGGUUUUUAGAUAUUUAUGAUUUUAUAAGAUGCAAAAAAAGAAAAGAAAAUGGAAUGUUUAGAUUUAGUAAUUCACAGACAUCAACAAGUAUAUAUAAAAUUGAAGAAGGUAAUAAUGGAAUAGGACAGACAGGAAAUUAUAAUUUUAAUGAUAAUGAUCAUUUAAAUAAUUCUUCAUUUCAUGAUAAUAGAGAUGUUGAUUUAGUUGGUUUUGGUCGAUUAAAUACAAGUCAAAAAGUUGGAAAUGAAAGAAGAAAUAUGAAUACAAUACAAAUUAAUUAA